UGCCGACUAUAUGCCCUGUUUCGUUUUCGCGUUUGCUUGAACUCAUUGAAAAUGAACAUUGUUUUGUGUGAUAACAAGUGACUGCCAAAAAUUGUUUUGUUUUGAAUGCAUUUUCAAAAGUAUUUUCAAUUGCAUUUCUAAGUAGCAAAUAGUAACUGUUAUUCAAAUGCUAUCGGCAAUGAUUAAGGAUCAUCAAGCUCGUCAAGCAGCAAAAAAAGAAGAGCAAGAGCGCCGAAGGAAAGAAGCUAUUUUGUCUGCUAAUGAGCUCACACAGAAUUUGGUUGACCAUUUGAAUGUGGGCGUGGCCCAGGCAUAUCUGAAUCAAAAACGAUUGGACGCAGAAGCCAAACAGUUGCACGUAGGUGCGACAAACUUUGCGAAGCAAACCCAGCAAUGGUUGACAUUGAUCGAAAACUUUAACGGGUCAUUGAAGGAAAUCGGUGAUGUUGAAAACUGGGCUAAGACUAUUGAAAACGAUAUGAAUGUUAUCACGACAGCUUUAGAGAUAGCGUAUAAAACUAGCAGAGAAAAAUAAAUUGUUUAAAAAGUGUAGAAAUUCGGGAUCUCAUUAAUUUUCCAAGAAUAUACUCAAAAAGCAUGUCCCAUAUAAAGAGCAAUAAUGCGCUAUGUACGCUUUCUGUAGAUAACACUUAAUAAUUCAUGAUAAAAUAAAUCGAAAUUGAUUUUUUCGAA